AUGGAUUAUUUGAAAGAAAUACAAGGCAAAAUAUGUCAUGAUCCUUAUUUCAACAAAAUGAAUACAAAUACAAAGAGGUGUGUAUUCGUGAACGGACCAGUAAUCGUUGGUGCAGGACCAUCAGGAUUAGCAGCUGCAGCAUGUUUAACAGCAAAAGGUGUUCAAAGUUUAGUAUUAGAGAGAUGUAAUUGUAUAGCUUCUUUAUGGAAACGCAAGACGUAUAAUCGUCUUAGCCUUCAUUUGCCUAAACAAUUCUGUGAACUUCCACUCAUGUCAUUCCCUCAUGAUUUCCCUACUUAUCCUACCAAGCAACAGUUCAUUAAAUAUUUGGAGUUAUACGCCAUGACUUUUAACAUCCGUCCUGUAUUCAAUCAAACGGUCAUAUCUGCUAAUUAUGACCGGAAUCUUGGACUCUGGAUAAUCAGGACGGAUACAGCAACAUCACAUGCUACUAUUACUACUGAGUAUGUUACAAGGUGGUUGAUUGUGGCAACUGGGGAGAAUGCGGAGGCUGUGGUACCUGAUAUUGAAGGAAUGGACGAAUUUAGUGGUACUAUAAUGCAUACAAGUUUGUAUAAAAGUGGUGAAAUUUUUACAAGGAAAAAAGUGUUGGUUGUUGGAUGUGGAAAUUCAGGAAUGGAGGUGUGUUUGGAUCUGUGUAAUCAUGAUGCAGCCCCUUCACUAGUCGUAAGAGAUACUGUACAUGUCUUACCAAGAGAGAUGCUGGGAAAAUCAACUUUUGGGCUAUCCAUGUGGUUACUAAAGUGGUUACCUAUUCGACUUGUCGAUCGAUUUUUGUUGAUUACUUCAAGGUUAUUUCUCGGUGACACGUCUCGACUCGGGUUAGAUCGACCUGAAAUCGGACCCCUCGAGCUAAAAAACUUGUCUGGGAAGACUCCUGUGCUUGACGUUGGAACGCUUGCUAAAAUUAAAAGUGGUGACAUUAAGGUAUGUCCUGGAAUUAAGAGAUUAUUAAAGCAUCACACGGUGGAAUUUGUAAAUGGGCAAACAGAAGAAUAUGAUGCAAUAAUCUUGGCAACUGGUUACAAAAGCAAUGUGCCCUCGUGGCUAAAGGAAAAAGAGAUGUUUUCAGAGAAAGAUGGUCUACCAAAAAGGCCAUUUCCCAAUGGGUGGAAAGGAGAGUGUGGACUUUAUGCAGUGGGGUUCACCAAACGUGGCUUGCUUGGUGCUUCAAUAGAUGCAAAGAAAAUUGCUGAACAUAUUCAUCAAUAUUUUCAAUGAAAAAUAUUUUUGAUUAACCAAAUCUCCCCACACACACCAAAAAAAA